GUCAUUACGUACAGCGGGACGUCCUGGAGAAGAUAAACAAAAAGGAAGGAAGCCUUCGGCCACACGAUCGCGGCAAAAUUGGUUCAAAAAAAAAAUUUAGGUCUCAAGCCGCCGUUAGCGACUACAUGUGCCAUUUAAACGCUUAGAUAACCACCGACCGGCGUGCGCAGUCAUGGACGAGGCGAUAGUAUUUCGCAUGAGCGCGUUCUCCGAGCAAGGGGGGAGGAAAUACAUGGAGGAUGUUGUCGAGAUUAAAAUCGAGUACGAGCCGACGGCGGCGCCCGUCGAAGAUGAUCCAAAGUCGCCGAGGCUCGGAGGACACGGGGAAGCGGCGGCUGAGGCCAGCGAGCAGGCUGCAGGCGAGACGCGCGGCGAGGCCGGCGUCGCCCUCGCCGCCACCACCACCACCACCACCGCCGCCGCCACCGCCGAGUCCGGUCCCGCUGCCGUGAUGUGGGUGGAGAGUCUGUCGGACGAGGGCAGCGGCGGCAACAACAACGGCGCACCGCCGGCGUCGGCGCCGGACGGGAGAGCCGCGGGGCGCGCGGUGGACACGCGCAAGUCCGCGGCGUUCUUCGCCGUGUUCGACGGCCACGGGGGCCGGGAGGCGGCGCACUUCGCACGGGACAAUCUGUGGGAUCUGCUCAAGCGGCAGCGCGGCUUCUGGUCGGGCGACCACGGCGAGGUGUGCGCCGCCCUGCGCAAGGGCUUCAUCGCCUGUCACCAUGCGAUGUGGAAGGAGCUGCCGGAGUGGCCGAAGACUAUAACCGGCCUGCCCAGUACCUCGGGAACCACAGCCAGCGUGAUCGUGAUCCGCGGGGUUCACAUGUACGUCGCCCAUGUGGGGGAUUCAGCAGUUGUGGUUGGGGUGAAAGAAAAUGACUCUGACAUCACGCUCCAGGCACUCGAAGUAACACAAGACCACAAACCCGAGCUCCCCAAAGAAAAAGAAAGGAUUGAACGACUGGGUGGCAGUGUAAUGAAGAAGUCCGGGGUGAACCGUGUUGUCUGGAAGAGGCCCAGACUGACCCACAACGGCCCCGUGAGGAGGAGUACAGUCAUUGACCAGAUCCCCUUCCUAGCUGUGGCCCGAUCCCUCGGCGAUCUCUGGAGCUAUGAUUUCUACAGCGGGGAGUUUGUGGUUUCCCCGGAGCCCGACACAAUGGUGAUGACCCUCGACCCCAAACGGCAUCGCUAUAUCAUCCUCGGCAGCGACGGACUGUGGAAUAUGAUGCCGCCCAAGAAUGCUGUGAAUAUGUGUUACAGCCAUGACAAAAUGGUGGGGCCGAAAGGAAUGUCGUGCGCCCGGCGGCUCGGAUGCACAGCGCUGCUGUUCUGGAAGGAGCGCAUGCUCCGCGCGGACAACACCACGGUCAUCGUCCUGGCCCUGCAGGAGCGCGGAGGGCCGUCCAUCCCCAUGCAUCGGGAUGAGAUCGUUGUUGACAUGGCUACUGGAAUUGACCACGUUCCAUUCCCGGGAACUACGUAUAACACGUGUGAGGUCCCACAGCAGAGUGCUGCGGUGAGUGCUCCCUCCGGAUUCAGACAGAGUUCCACGGCUCUGGAGCGGGCGUUUGGGCUGUACGAAGCGGCCUUUUGUGCCACCGCGCAGCUCCUGCCCGACGCCGACUCCGUGGGGGUCACACUGCCCGCCUCAGUCGGCUCCCAGAAGGUUUACGAAAAGCAAGCCUCGACAACCCAAAUGGACCGCGGCACCUCUGCUCCUCAGUCAAAGAGGUCUCGCCGCUCUCUGCACACACAACCCGAACUCGAGGGCCCUCGCCGUCUGCCCGGCUGCUCGCCCGACAAAGGACCGCCCCAGGCGGAGCCUCCUAGCAAAGCACCAAGCGAACAAUCCCGUGAAACUCGCGCCCAGAAGAGAGAACGAAGCUCCUCUGAGGAACGCACUGUCCUGUCCCAGCACCACAACGCAGCCUUGUGUGUGUGCUGAACUCUCGUCCCGACAUCAAGUGUUGUUGUUUUUUGCCCCUGAGACUAGAAAGAUAAUCGGCAUCAUGUCAACUUUGCGUACGUGCCAGGUGUGCGACAGGUAUUCUUAGAUGUAUACUUUUAUACAAAGUCCCGGGGUUUUUUGUACAUAUAGAUUGUAAAUGUGUCGAUGUUUUAACCCUCUUCUUCCUCUUGCUCUUCUUCCUACCCACCCCCCACCCCCCCCCCCCCCCCCUUGACAUUAUAGCGUUGGAAAAUUUAACAAAAUCAAAUUUUAGAUUUGUUCAAUCUACACAAUCUAUUUUCAUACUUAAAAAGGUAUGUACAGUAUAUCCAAAAUAUGUAUUUUGAAAACGAUGGAUUACUGCAAUCUGCUAGACAUCAGUUCACCUGGAGUGUGAUGCAUGCGAUCUUCCAGUCAUAAUUUUCUUUUUAUUAUAAACAAAUUAACUGUUUUAAAUUGUUUUGACCUGUUGGAUGCUAUAACGUGUCAUUCUUUCCUUCAUUAGGGUUUUUUACUUGACCAGUUUUAUUUUUUAAUUUUUCAAUCUGUCUCCUUAGAUGAAAUAUGCUACUAUGAUUGAUGGUUAGUUCCUAUCUCAGCUGGUAGCAGUGUGGGGUACAAAAAUAAUGGCAUGCAAUUGACGAGGAAUUGUCUGGGGGUAAUUAAUGCGGGUAUUGAUUUUCAUGUUUUCAUUUCAUUCCUUUGUUUUCUUUCCUCAUCAGUGGCUACUUGAAUACAAAUGUUACACAGCUAUUUGGUGAAUCUUAUGCAUAGCAUGUGGGGAGCUGUUAAAGGGGCAGUUCACCCAAUUCAUAAAAAAAAUUAAAAUAAUAAAACAGUCUCACUUACCAUAGUGGUAUGUGUUCACAUGCACAGAUGUGUGAUUUGGGUGAACUAGCCCUUUAAUUGUACAUGAUGGUAAUAUUGUUCCAUGACAAGCGUGUCAAACAUUUCUCAUCUGAAUCCUUGGGCCUUUUUAGCAGUAUACAUUUGUUGGAAGAUCAUAAGCAGAAUUAUAGGCUGUUGGCUGUAUUGGUUUACGUACUGUGAAAGCAUUUUUUUUUUAAUGUCUUCCACUUAAUUCUCAUAUGGUUUAUAUUUCCUACUUGUGUUUUUAAUCCACUCAAAAAACAACACCUCCUGGUAUGUGUAUUGCAUACAGUAAGUGCCCAUUUGUGGUUAAUAGGAAAUUGCAAAAAGGUCUAACGUGUUAAAAUGGCAGCUCAACAACUGUUCUAGCUGAUUUUGUUUGCCUUAUUUUUGCAUAAAAAGUGUCAUGGUUGCCUUAGCACAAAUUAGUUAGAGGUGCUUUCAAGUGAUAUUUUUUAUUUUUACUUUUUUUUAAACAUGUUUUGGGGUGAAUAAUCUCUUAGAUGUGUCGAUGUAAAUGUGGCCUUGGCCCCGGCCGCGACCGUUCGUCGUGCACCUUCAGUUCUACACCCCUGUCGUUUUACCAUCCACACCACAGCAUUCUUAUUAAACCGACUCCGUGCGGUUGAUGUUUUCCAGUUAUACUACAGAGCAGUGUGUCAAGUGUUUGUACAGUCAAGUCCAUAUGCAAUAGAAGUUUGUACAGUACACUAUUAUGCAAAGUAAUUGUUUUGUUUUUUUCUGGAGUCUGGCAUGCUCAGAUUUACUCUGUAUAUUGUGUCCAGAGAUAAUGGAUGUUCAUGAGCAUGUGUUGUGUUCUUGACAGUUACAGUACUUGUGUCUGGCGUCGCGUUCCCACGCAGCCAGUUUCCAGGUCUAUAUACACGUUACAUGCUUUGAAUGUGAACGGAUGUACAGUUUAUGCGUGUUGUAAUAAAGUUGUCAUUUUCCAAUUGCCA